AUGGGCUGGAAUAAGCGAGCACUCGCCGCUCCCUCAGCCGAGGUUCAUGUCUACAUGACUCGCUCCCUCGACGCUGACAGUAUCGAUCACGAGAUUGCGCAGAUCAGUGACCCAUGCAGUCCACGCUACGGGCAGUACCUGUCUAGGAGGGAAAUCAAAUGCUUUCUUGCGUCGGAUCGGGGAUUAAAGAAGCGUGCGAAGCAAUGGAUGGAUGAGCAAGGUAUCGAGUCGUGGCAGCAUGCGGCAGAUACUUGGGCCAUGCGCAUGAACGUCGGCAAAGCAAGCAAGCUCUUUCGCACGCAGUACCACGAAUACGAGUCCGAGGAUGGGCACACAAUGCUGCACGCAAGUGAGCACCAGGUCCCAGACGCACUGCACGGCGCCGCUGUAUUUGGGAUGCCGAUGCACUCGACGCAUACCUCGACCACGCCUGAGACAGCACUGCAAAAGCGUGACACGGAUCUGGAAGUGUGCGCCAAUGGCGCCAUUCCCAACUGCAUGCGCAAAAUGUACAACAUCGCCUACGCACCACUUGUUCCCGAACAGAAUCGAAUUGGUGUUGCCGGAUUCCUUGGCCAAACGCCCACUGCGAACGACGUGGAGACAUUUAUGAAAAAGUACCGUCCCGAUGCGGUCGGCGCCAACUUUACGACGGAGUUUGUUAGACAUGCUCGUCCCAGCAAAAAGGUGCGGAGCAGGGAGGCGAACCUCGAUAUCCAGACGAUCAUGGCGCAAGUAUACCCCAUCCCUGUUUCGUUUUACAGUGUCCAUGGCAAGCCGCCAAAAACGGGUGUACAGUACCCUAAAAGCCGCAAUGAACCCUUGUUGCACCUGUUUUCGCAUGUACUGGACUUGCCAGAUGAUGAACUCCCUUCCGUGCUCUCCAUUUCCUACGCUGAUCUCGAGCAUUCUGUACCGAAAUCAUACGCAGUGCGUACGUGUCAAUACGCCGCCCUGCUUGGACUGCGCGGCGUGAGUGUCAUUGCCGCCGCUGGCGACCAGGGCGUUGGCUCUGUCGAGGAAAAAGAGUGCCGCAUACCCACGCACGAGCCAAAAAAGCGGUUUUUGCCGUGGUUUCCAGCAAGCUGUCCGUAUGUCACUACAGUGGGCGGCACAGCUUUGCCAAUCAACGAGACAGUCGCGACAAUGGAUACUGCGGGGUACGUGGCUGGCUCUGGGUUCUCGGACUAUUUUGAGCGUCCUACAUGGCAAAAUCAGAGUGUCUCGCGGUACCUUGCUACGUAUGCUCCCACCAACUGGACGGGACUGUACAACGAAAAAGGACGCGCGUAUCCCGACGUUUCCGCACUUUCUGCGCAUUAUAUUAUGUAUGACAAAGACAAGCCCAUGCGCGUGUCUGGCACAAGCGCAGCUGUACCCUUGUUUGCCGCUGUAAUUGGACUGCUAAACGAUGCGCGCAUCGCAAACGGCAUGCCGCGGCUCGGCUUCUUAAACCCGUUGCUGUACGCGCACUUGCCAGAUGCAUUUAACGAUGUGCUCUCCGGAAGCAACCCAAGCUGCGGAACGCCGGGCUUUACGGCCGCACCAGGCUGGGAUGCUCCAACUGGCUUUGGAAGCCCCAACUUCACCGCUUUGCACGACGCGGUCCUCGCACCGCCCUCAUGCCCCUGCGCAGUACACACUUAG